CAAAGUUUUCUGUAUAAAAUUAUUGACUCAUUCCGCAGUCCUCACAUCUGCCAAGGGGAAUAACUAUGAGAAGGAAGAGCGCCCCGCAGCUGACAAUAAUGCUGACACAGAAGAAAUCAAGACUGGACGAGCAUUAUGCUAGCGUGUGCCGCAGCUUUUUCUUGCUGCAAGGCUGAUUUUGACCCUUGGUUAAUUCCAACCGCGGUGGUAGCAACGUUGUUGGGCGCCGAAGUUCCGCAGCAGUCAGCAGCAGCAGCCAGCGGUUGGUCGCAGCAUUAUGUAGAUAGACGCCAGUGUCGCUAUCCUUCCUGGGUCUGGGAUGCGCACAAUGCGCUGUUCCAAAUUGAUAUAUGCGUUCCUAGUUUGGGCAGGUGCUGAUUUUCCAGCAAAAUAUCCCUCGCUCACUGUCAGCGGUGUGGGCUCGGUGUGCUGCGGUAGGGAUAAUGCAAGAGACCCGCAGCAAGAGUACCGGGGCUGAAGGUUGAAAUCGAGGGAUUGAACAAGCUUAUUGGGUCUGCCAACCAGUGCCAACACGGAAAAUCCAUGUGUGGUAGGAUUCCAGCUGCCUAAAUAUACACAUGGAGGCGCGUCGGCACAACAUAAGGCACAACAUAGGACACAAUGGGCUGUGGCCAUCCAGCCAAUACCACUGACAGGAAGAGUGUGCUGGGAAUUCAUAUCAUGUGUGUAAUCGGAAACUCAAUCGUGAACGCGCUCCCCCACCAAACAUAUGAUCUACCGCCAAUUGGCAUAGUGCGGCCAAAGGGGGGUCGACCAUCUCUUUUUUAGGCGGGUACCCUACCGUGCCAUGACAGCCUACCAUUCCAGUGAUGAGAGC